CCUGUCUCCCACCUCUGCCCCUCCUCCUCCCCCUCCUCCUCCCCUCUUCCUCCUCCUCCUUCCUUUCCUCUUCACGCUCCCGCUCUUCCCCCCGUCUACCCUUCCCAGGCACACGUUCCCUGCGCUCGACCAAGUGUGUUGUAUCGUCUCUCGUCUCUCUAAGGUGUUGUUCGUCUGAAAUCCGCGCAAUGGCACUGAAGGAUAGAGAUAUCCUUCCCGACGUGGCUAAGCCAGUUCAUUACAAUUUGUCCUUAUUUGAUCUCCAACUCGGCGACUCAUGGGGUUAUAAAGGCAACGUCAAAAUAGAAUUAAAAAUUUUCCGUUCCACGAACGUGAUCGUGUUGAAUUCAAAGGAGAUCUACGUCCAGAGCGCUGAACUAUAUGGAUCCAACGGAAGCGUGCUGGCGAAGGCAUCCGAGAUCACAUAUGAUACGAAAUCGGAACGAGUUACAUUGGCCUUCUUGGAAGAAAUCGCUCCUUCUGACACUGUCCUGUCGAUCAAGUUCACCGGAACUAUGAACAACGCCAUGGCUGGAUUUUACCGUUCGAAAUACAAGCCGGCGGCAGAUCCAACCGAAGACAGCCCUAAGGAGGGAGACUUCUAUUACAUGUUAAGCACCCAAUUCGAGUCAUGUGAUGCCCGUAGAGCCUUCCCGUGUUUUGAUGAGCCGAACUUGAAAGCUACAUUUGACUUCGAGAUUGAAGUUCCCAGCGGACAGACAGCUCUUAGCAACAUGCCUAUCAAGUCCGAGAGGGCCGGUAGUAUCCCGGGCUUAAAGUUCGUUUCUUUUGAAACAACUCCGGUGAUGAGUACUUAUCUUCUGGCAUGGGCAGUCGGCGACUUUGAAUAUGUUGAAGCCAUGACCCAGCGCAAGUACCAGGGCAAGAGCAUACCUGUUCGUGUGUAUACGACCAGGGGUCUCAAGGAGCAAGCUCGGUUUGCUUUGGAAUGCGCCCACCGCACUGUCGACUACUUCUCAGAAGUUUUUGAGAUCGAGUAUCCUCUGCCCAAGGCUGAUCUCCUUGCUGUCCAUGAAUUUGCCAUGGGCGCUAUGGAGAACUGGGGACUAGUUACAUAUCGAACGACUGCCGUUCUUUUCGAUGAAGGCAAGUCAGACACUCGAUACAAGAAUCGUAUAGCAUACGUCGUCGCGCAUGAACUGGCUCAUCAAUGGUUCGGAAACCUUGUAACAAUGGAUUGGUGGAACGAGCUAUGGCUUAACGAAGGCUUUGCCACCUGGGUUGGUUGGCUUGCUGUUGAUAAUUUUUAUCCUGAAUGGAACAUAUGGUCUCAGUUUGUUGCUGAGGGAGUUCAACAAGCGUUUCAACUUGAUUCGUUGCGUGCGUCGCAUCCUAUAGAAGUACCUGUGAAGAACGCUCUCGAGGUUGAUCAAAUUUUUGAUCAUAUUAGCUAUCUCAAGGGAAGCUCAGUCAUUCGGAUGCUAAGCGACCACCUUGGCCGGGAAACUUUCCUACGUGGAGUAGCCGCGUAUCUCAAAGCUCACGCAUACGGCAAUGCUACUACUAGUGACCUCUGGAGCGCACUCAGCCAAGCGUCCAAUCAGGAUGUUACUAGUUUCAUGGACCCAUGGAUUCGUAAAAUUGGUUUUCCUGUUGUUACUGUAACAGAGGAGUCCGGCCAAAUCAGCGUUCGUCAAAAUCGUUUCCUGUCAACGGGGGACGCAAAACCUGAAGAGGAUGAGACAACAUGGUGGAUUCCUCUUGGCCUAAGAGCUGGACCUAAGUUGGCGGAUGCGAAGCCCUGUGCCCUCGUUUCUAAAGCGGAUACACUCGGCGAUAUUGAACAGGAUUCCUUCUACAAGCUUAACAGUGACCUUUCUGGCUUCUAUCGAACAAAUUACCCCGCUGAUCGACUUGCGAAACUCGGCAAAUCCUUAGUCCUGUUAAGCACCGAGGAUAAGAUUGGGCUGAUUGGUGAUGCCGCUGCCCUUGCUGUCUCUGGCGACGGAAAUACCGCUGCUCUUUUAGCCCUGCUAGAGGGUUUCAAGGAGGAGCAGAAUUAUUUAGCCUGGUCCCAAAUAUCAUCGUCCGUUGCAAAUCUACGCUCGGUAUUUGCUCAAAAUAGUUCGGUGGCAGCAGGACUCAAGAACUUUUCCCUCGAACUGGUGUCACCUGCAGCCAAUAGUAUUGGCUGGGCAUUUAGCACAGAAGACGAUUAUCUCACUGUACAACUCCGGAAACUCCUCAUCGGGAUGGCUGGCCUUGCUGGACAUGAAAACAUCAUCAAAGAGGCUCGGCGACGUUUUCAGCUCUGGGAAUCAGGAUAUGACAAGAGUGCCGUGCAUACAAACCUGCGCUCCGUAAUCUUUGGUAUUGCGAUCUCAGAAGGCAGUCAUCAAGAGUACAGUGCUGUAAAACAGGAGUAUCUCAAAACAGAUUCCGUUGAUGGCAAGGAAAUUUGCUUGGGAGCUCUCGGGCGUACAAAAGAUGCUAACCUUGUCAACGACUACCUAGACUUUGUGUUUUCAGACAAGGUUGCAAUCCAGGACAUACACAACGGUGCUGUCUCACUAGCUUCGAACGCCCAGACCCGCCACCUUCUAUGGGACUACAUGAAAAAGAACUGGGCCUCUGUUGAGUCCCGCUUGUCGACGAACAACGUUGUAUUCGAAAGGUUCGUGCGGAUGGGCUUGUCAAAAUUUGCAGAUCACGACAUUGCUGCCGACAUUGCCUCAUUUUUCCAAAACAAAGACACAAGCGCCUACGAUCGCGCUCUAGUAAUCGUUGCAGACAGCAUCCGGACGAAUGCGCACUACAAGGAAAGAGAUGAAGGGCGGGUCUUGGAAUGGCUCCAGGCCCAUAGGUACAUUUGACUGUGGAGGGCAACUGCUGUUGCCAUUCGCCCACGAAUGGGGCGCGAGAUAAUCCCUUUAAACAUUUGAGAAACAUGUGAAGAAAGUUGGACGAAUGCUCGAGUCAUUAUGGAUGGCACGAUCUGCAUGUCUUGCCUGACUUAUGCGCAGCUGUGAAAGUCACUAGAUGCCUAGGCAACUAUUCCAUCUACUUACUUC